AUGACUGCUGAUGAUCGGCGUCCACGAACGGGUAAGCAGGAAGCGGUGCGAGUGAUCGUGCGAUGUCGUCCGCUGUCCGAAGUCGAAAUCAGCCAAGGACAUCAAAGCAUCGUUUCCAUGUAUCCGGAACGAGGACUUGUGGAAUUGCGGAAUCCAAAAGAUUUGCAAGAACCAUCCAAGGACUUCACCUUUGAUGCUAUUUACAACGAAAGGGCAAAACCCUCGAUUCCUGACGAACGAGGUGUUAUUUUUAAUUGUUUCGAGCACAUUUUUCAACACAUUGCUCGAUCUCGAAAUCAGAAAUAUCUUGUACGGGCCAGUUACCUGGAAAUUUAUCAGGAAGAUCUCCGCGAUUUACUCAGUAAAGAUGAUCGGGUAAAAUUGGAAUUGAAAGAAAAGCCUGACGUUGGUGUCUACGUGAAGGACCUCACGACAUUUCUGACAAAAUCUGUAGAGGAAAUAGAGCGAGUGAUGGCUGUGGGAAAUGCAAAUCGAUCGGUUGGACGGACCAAUAUGAAUGAGCACUCGAGCAGAUCGCACGCCAUCUUCAUUGUCACGGUGGAAUGCUGUGAAACAGAUCCCGAUGGGGAGAAUCAUAUACGAGUUGGCCGCUUGAAUCUCGUCGAUUUGGCUGGCAGUGAAAGGCAAGCGAAGACUGGCGCCAUUGGGGAGAGGUUCAAAGAGGCGACAAAGAUCAAUCUCUCAUUGUCAGCCCUCGGUAACGUCAUCUCGGCUUUGGUCGACGGCAAGAGCACGCAUAUACCGUAUCGUGAUAGCAAGUUAACACGACUCCUACAAGAUUCGCUUGGUGGAAAUUCGAAGACGGUAAUGGUGGCAUGUAUAGGACCAGCUUCAUAUAAUUAUGAAGAAACGCUAGGAACAUUACGAUACGCGAAUCGAGCGAAGAACAUCAAGAACAAGCCGAAGAUCAACGAGGAUCCGAAAGAUGCGAUGUUGCGAGAGUUCCAAGACGAAAUCAUGCGAUUGCGCGCCAUGCUGGAAAAGCGGUCAAGGCGGAAAGGUCGAGGAGGAGAGCUUGACGAAUCACGUGGCGAAGAGUAUUUCGAUGAGCAGCACCGUCAAAUUGCUGCUGAUCGAGAGAAUGCCCUCAAAGAUAAGACGCUCAUUCAGGAGGACGCUUCUCUAUUUCUCUUUUUUUUUCUUUUGUUCGUCGACAGCGACGAAAUAUGGGAAAGCGAACGUCGACGGAUCAUUGCUGAUCUUGAAGAGCGGCAACGUCAACUGGAACGGGAACAACAAGCACAACGAGAAGUAGCCGAAACAAUCGCCAAAAUGGAAAGCAAACUUCUCGGUGGGACUGAUCUUUUGGAUCAUACCGACAGCGGAAAGCUUGAUGCUACGAAAUCGCCG